ACAAUUGCGGGCAGACGUAAUUGCCUAGGAUCUGCGAAGGCUUCUAAUAUGGGGACGCGGGCAGUGGCGGGGUGUGGCACUUGGGGUGGUAGAGUAUCGGAGCUGGUGGUGUGGUGACUCUCGAGGGCGAUAUGGACCUUGGACGACCUUGGACGACCACUUUCGACACUACGGGCUCGCAGCAAGCAGAUCAGUCAGGAUGCUUGUGUGGUGGCAGGCGAAGAGGGGCCACAGCAGCGAUUUACCUGGCAAUGGCACAAGGAGGAAAUUUAUGACGAUGGCCUCACGUCGGCGCCCUGGCUUUGUGACGACGGCGGGACGAGGUAGGCUGAGCGAGGCGCGAGCGCAGAUGGCGCUACAGCGGGCCUUUUCUGGCGACUGGCAAUAAAAGGUAACGAAUACGCUAGAGGGCGCAGACAAAGGAUGAAAGAAGCGCGUCCACGGUUGGCAGGCUGGGCGGACCGAGCAAAAUGGGUCGAGCGAGACGUCAAUAUGGCGAUGGGUCGCCGCCCACGCAGCAGCGAGGCGCAUGGAAGCGUGCAAGCCGCGCAGUCUCACGAACCGGCCCUAAACCGCGAGCGGAGAGGGCGUCGUCUGGGCAUGCUGGGGACCCAUCGCCCGCACUGACGAUGCCUUGCAAUUCGCUGCACACGCCUGCACGCUGCCCCAGCGCUGCGGCAGGGCUGGUGAUGCGGACUUCGGGCGCAGCGCAGGACGACUGCUCGCGCCCUGGCACUCCUGGCACCCGCACCCGCAGGACGCACCAGAAGGUUUCGUCGUCCGGGGCCAGCAGCGGCGCUGGUGCUGCACUUAUGCAGCGCUCCCAGAAAGCCCGCCAGCUGCAGCAGGCCAGUCAAGGCCUGCCCUUUGCCAGCCGCGCUGUGCGCAUCGACGUCUGCCCGGCGGCGGUGGUUGAUCCGAGACUCUCACCAUGGCGCUCGGAGGGAGGCUGCCACCCCUCAUCCUGGAUCAGCCGCUUUCCCCAGAUUUUCCGCGUUUUGCUUGUUGGUUCCCGCAAAAGCACGGCGAACCAUCCAUCCCAGCGCCACCGCCCAGCGCCCGUCGCACGCCGAGACGGCAGCCGCUGCUAG